GGUGGCAGGGCUUUGGCGGGAGGCGGGAAAGCUGCGGCUGUGCAGAUUUGGCGCGAGCGUGGCUGGGCUUUACUGCUGUCUGUGUGGGCUUUAUCCUGCAGCUUGUCGUGGACAGUCCCUAAAGUUGUCUGCCGGAGACGUGAGGAAGAGCCGGCACUGAGGUGACGCAGCCCUGUAUGGUGGAAAGGAGAGGAGGCCCGGGUCCUCUCCUUGGGGGCGGCGGAGUUUGUGAGAGCCUGGGGCAAGGACCGCGGGAGGAGAGCUCAGAUCGCAGGAAGCUGUGCUGCCAUCAUGCCUCGAACCCGUUCCCAGUCACAGGCUACAAUCAGUUUUCCAAAAAAGAAGCCGUCUCGGACAGUGGACAAAGCUAAAAGCUCCAGUGACACCAAACUAGAAUUGACAAAUGCCCAGGCUAUCCUGCGUUCUUCUUGUGCAAAAAUUCUGCCUCUUAGCCCCAGAAAACGUCUGGGUGAUGACAACCUGUGCAACACUCCCCGUUUAUCUCCCUGUUCUCCACCAAAGCAAGGCAAGAAAGAGAAUGGUCCCCCUUGCUCACAGACAUCAAAGGGACGCAGACUGGUAUUUGACAAUCAGCUGACAACUAAGUCUCCUGGCAAAAGAGAACGCACCAGAGUUCACCAAAACAAAAUACAUUCCUCAGUUCCGAAAGGUCAGGACAUCACAACCGAUUCUGAGCAGAGGUGUCCGCCGGAGAAAGAGUCUGCAUGUCUGAGACUGUUCAAGCAAGAGGGCACUUGCUACCAGCAAGCGAAACAGGUCCUGAGUACAGCUGUCCCGGAUCAGCUGCCUGCCAGGGAAAAGGAGAUGGAUGUCAUCAGGAAUUUCCUAAGGGAGCACAUCUGUGGGAAAAAAGCUGGAAGUCUUUAUCUUUCUGGUGCUCCUGGAACUGGAAAAACUGCCUGCUUAAGCCGAAUUCUGCAAGACCUCAAGAAGGAACUAAGAGGCUUUAAAACUAUCGUGCUGAAUUGCAUGUCCUUGAGGAGUGCCCAGGCUGUAUUCCCAGCCAUUGCUCAGGAGAUUUGUCAGGAAGAAGUAUCCAGGCCAGCUGGGAAGGACAUGAUGAGGAAACUGGAAAACCAUAUGACUGCAGAGAAGGGCCCCAUGAUUGUGUUGGUGUUGGACGAGAUGGAUCAGCUGGACAGCAGAGGGCAGGAUGUCUUGUACACACUGUUUGAAUGGCCGUGGCUAAGCAAUUCUCGGUUGGUGCUGAUUGGUAUUGCUAAUACUCUGGAUCUCACGGAUAGAAUUCUGCCGAGGCUUCAAGCUAGAGAAAAAUGCAAGCCACAGCUGUUGAACUUCCCACCUUAUACCAAAAAUCAGAUAGCCACCAUCUUGCAGGAUCGACUGAAUCAGGCAUUUAAUGACCAGGUCCUAGACAAUGCUGCCAUUCAGUUCUGCGCCCGCAAAGUCUCUGCUGUUUCGGGAGAUGUUCGCAAAGCGCUUGAUAUUUGCAGGCGGGCCAUUGAAAUCGUAGAGUCAGAUGUCAAAAGUCAGACUAUCCUCAAACCACUCUCUGAAUGUAAAUCACUCUCUGAGUCACUGGUUCCCAAGCGGGUUGGUGUUAUUCACGUAUCACAAGUCAUCUCGGAAGUUGAUGGAAACAGAAUGACUUUGAGCCGAGAAGGAGCACAAGAUUCCUUCCCCCUCCAGCAGAAGAUCUUGGUCUGCUCUUUGCUGCUCUUGACCAGGCGGUUGAAAAUCAAAGAGGUCACCCUGGGGAAGUUACACGAAGCCUAUAGUAACGUCUGUCGCAAACAGCAGGUGGCAGCUGUGGCCCAGUCAGAGUGUUUGUCACUUUCAGGCCUCUUGGAGGCCAGAGGCAUCUUCGGAUUAAAGAAAAACAAGGAAACCCGCUUCACAAAGGUGUCUCUGAAGAUUGAAGAGAAGGAAAUAGAGCAUGCUCUGAAAGACAAAGCUUUAGUUGGAAAUAUCUUAGCUACUGGAUUGCCUUAAAUUCUUUUCUACUAAUACCCCACCCGAAAGUAUCCAGCUGGCAUUUAGAGACCAAUGGAGUCUUCAUUUUAGUACUUUAUACACUCAGGUCUGAAAGCAGAUGACCUUUUUUUACUUAAAACUGAUAAAAAAUAUAUAGAUUCAUGGCUAUUAGCACAGAAUUAUAUCUUUGAGUUUUAUUAUAUUUAUGCAUUACAAACUACCAAGUAGACCCUUUUUAAUUACGCUCACCGCCUCUACCCUGAGUGUGCCCCUAACCAGCAUGCUUACAGGUAUACAGAUGGGUGCUGCCGAAAGUCCAUAUAUUGAUUUCUUAGUCUCCUCAAACAUUGGUAUAUUUUUAAGAACUUUUGGAUCAGAGGAAGCAGAACGAAAAAGGAGACUCCAGACAAAUAAGCCAGUUGACGUGGAGAUUUGGAGGACACUUUGCUCAAAGGAUAUCUUUUUUUUUUUUUUUUUUUUGGAGUGUACUGUGUUCACGUUAUGUUGCGGAUGCUUCCACACUGUGACAUUUUAAAGACUUGUUGAGUUUCCUGGGCACUCCCAAGGUUGUGGGGGUGGUCAGGAGAAUGUGACUACAGAUUGUGAAUAUAUUUAUUUUCAAGUUGCA